GCCAAGGGCGGGCGGCGCAGGAAGAGCCGCUGAGCGCGGGCGGGCGGAGCCGCCGCUGACAGCGCGGCCAUGCUGCGCAACGGGGCGGCGGGCGGCGGCGGGGCCGCGGCGGGCGGCGGCGGCCAGCGGCCCGUGCGCGUCUGGUGCGAUGGAUGCUAUGACAUGGUGCACUACGGCCACUCCAACCAGCUGCGCCAGGCGCGGGCCAUGGGCGAUUACCUGAUCGUUGGGGUCCACACGGAUGAGGAGAUUGCCAAGCACAAGGGUCCCCCCGUCUUUACACAGGAGGAGAGGUACAAAAUGGUGCAGGCCAUCAAGUGGGUGGAUGAGAUUGCUCCUGGAGCUCCUUAUGUCACCACGCUGGAAACCCUGGACAAGUACAGCUGUGACUUCUGCGUGCAUGGGGAUGACAUCACCUUAACCAUCGAUGGCAAGGACACCUAUGAGGAAGUAAAGACAGCAGGGAGAUACAGGGAAUGCAAACGCACUCAGGGCGUGUCCACCACUGACCUUGUUGGCCGCAUGCUGCUCAUGACUAAGGCUCACCACAGCAACAUAGAUGAGGACCUAGACUAUCGGAAGCACACUGACAACUUUGGGAAGGGGCCCAAAGGUCACAGUCCCUGGACUGGCGUCUCGCAGUUCCUGCAGACAUCCCAGAAGAUCAUCCAGUUUGCAUCAGGGAAGGAGCCACAGCCAGGGGACACCAUCAUCUAUGUGGCUGGAGCCUUUGACCUGUUCCAUGUUGGUCAUGUGGAUUUCCUGGAGAAGGUUCACCAGCUGGCAGAGAAACCCUAUAUCAUUGCUGGGCUGCAUUUCGAUCAGGAGGUGAAUCGCUACAAAGGGAAGAACUAUCCCAUCAUGAACAUCCAUGAGCGAACCCUCAGCGUCCUGGCCUGCAGGUAUGUCUCAGAGGUGGUGAUUGGAGCUCCCUACGCUGUCACUGCUGAUCUGUUGGAUCACUUCAGGGUAACACUUGUCUGUCAUGGGAUGACUGAGGUGGUGCCAGACAAGGACGGUUCUGAUCCGUAUGAGGAACCGAAGCAACGUGGCAUUUUCCAGCUGGUGGACAGUGGCAGCAAUCUCACCACAGAUCUAAUUGUGCAAAGAAUCAUCAAGAACAGGCUCGAGUUUGAGGCUCGCAACCAGAAGAAAGAAGCAAAAGAGCUGGCAGUGCUGGAGGCCAUGAGAAAGCUGGAGGAGGAGAAGCACUAGGCGUGGAUGCGUGAGCCACAGAGUGCUGCAGCCUCACCCUCUGGUAGAGCAAGUGCUCUUCAGGAAAGGGCCCUGCAGGGGGUCAGCACUGCUGGCAGGCACGCAGGAUGUGCUGUCCUACCCUCGGCUGUCCUACCUCCUCCUGCACUAAUUAUGCAGACAUAACGAGUUGGGAUUCUGUUGCCUAGUUUUAUCUCCGUUAAUCAGUCCCUGUCCCUUUUCCCAGGAGGAGAUUUGACAAAAAACGGUUUUAAUUAUAACUAAUGUUUUAACAUGUUGAUGUGCUUUUACCUUCUGCCAUUUCUGGCUCUUAGUAGGAGGGAAGUGGAGGAGUUGCCCCUUGCCCUGCCAGACUCGGCUGUCCUGGCUAGGGUCUGCAUUCCAGAGCAGCCCCUUGGCAGUGGUAUGGGUGGCUGGACAGUGAGAGCAGCCUCAGGGACAAGACAGGGCUCGUGUGGCUCCUCCUGCAGCAUUUGCUCAGGAAGAAGGGGCUAGCUGCCAGAGGUGGUUCUGGGCUCUGGGGUUUACUGUGCUGCUUCUGCUCAGCUCCUGCCCCUCACAGACCCAGAGCUAUUCUGGAUCGAGUUGGAUAAAGGCAAAUUGUUUGCUGCCCCAGUGCCAGGCUGCAGGUGGCAGCUGCUGGAGGGGCAGGUGGUGCUGGGAUGCUGUGAAGGCAUUUCUCCACACGAGGCAUAGGGAUCCUGGGGCCUUUUCCCCAAGGCUGUUCCAUUUGCAAGGCAGCAGGACACAAUGCCUCAUGUGGACUGUGCUCAGAGCCUGCCUUGUGCCUGAUGGCUUACCUGAGGGCAGGACCUGGCCAGGUGAAGUUUAGGGUUGUUUUCUGAUGGCUGACAUGCAGCGUGCCUGCCUCUAAGGGGAGGCACAGGACUGGGAGAGUGGGUCCUGAGCUGUGAGCCUCUUUUGCCUCUUACAUUCUAGGAUACUGUGGUGGGUAUCCUGAGCAGCUCACUGCACUGUGCCAGAUGGUCCUUCCAGGCUGUGUCUGGUGUCCUUUCUCUUGUAAACUUUUGUUGCUGAUCAUCAAUAAAAUGUUGAAGAGUU